UUUUCCCCAAUCACCAUGACGAUAGAAGCCCUCUAUCAUCCAAUGAAACAACAGGGGCAGGGAAGAAACACAUGCCUUGGGGCAGCAUCCAUUGUACAUUGCUUGGGAAACUAUAAGCCACAUGUUGUCAUUACUUCUUGUGUUGCUGAUGCUGCGCUCUUCCUAGCACCUAUGGAAGGUGGAUGGAAAGGCUGGGGUGGAAUAUCUUAUGGGGGACAUCAAUGCUUAAAGCGAGCUCAAGCAGCAGAAUACCUUGUUAGGUCGUGGAUGGGUGAAAGAUAUCCUGACAUCGGUGAAAAAAUUGUUUCAUACAUCAUGGGCUAUGAUAGUUUGAAAGCUAUAGGAUGUGAUAAGGAUAGUUACUCGUCCAAGCAAGUAAUAGAUGCUAGACUUCGGAUGGAUGGCCUCUUUGAAGAGCAUGCUGACACGUAAUUUUGGUGCUCCUUUUGUUUUAGCAAUCCAAACUGUUUUGGCUGCGUCAGUUUUUUUUUUGCACUUUUAGUAAAGUCAGGACUGGUAUUAAUUCCAAUGAACCAAUGAACUAUGACACAUGGUAUUUAUUAUUUCAUCCAAUUGAAGAUAUAUGUAGCAUUCUUGAUUCUGGGGUCACUUUACCCAUUUAAUGCAUCUGUUUGACAC